GCCAGGGCUGCAGUGGUAAUAUUCCUCAUUUGUUUGUGUCACCAAGAGGGUUUAUUUGCAGGGAGAGUGCUACUCCAGAGAAAAUGAACAGUCAAUACAUACGUCAUGAAGUGAGGGGGUGUGAAACCAGUGACCUGAGAAACUUCUGGGAAAAGACUAUUGAACAACAAACUCGGUAUCUGCAAAUUGAAAAAGAACGUCAGCAAAGAAGUGCUCUGACAAAGCUCAGAAAUGAAUGGAUGGAGAGGCUGGAAAAACGCAUAAAGAUGUUGAGGACCCAACCUGAAGACCCAUCUAGCUGAAGAUCCACAUUCAUUGCAUGUA